UGGGGGCGGAGCCUGCGUGUCUCGUGUAGCUGGAGCAGCUCGCGGGCAGCAGGCAGAGGGUCUCGCGCUCGGCGGGUCAUGUUGUCCGCGCGGCUGGAGACCUGCCCGCGUGUCACCUUCAGCGGAGCUGCGACGGCUCCGCCCCAGGGACCCAAUGCUGGAGGGGAGGCGUGUCCUCACAAGCUGGGAUCGACCAAUCACCUUCGACUUCUCCUCUACGUACUAAUUCCCUCCGUCAGUGUGCUGCUGCUCAUCCUGCUGCUCACAGGUAUUUUCGGCAGUAGCCUCUUGAGCUCCAGUACCCCCCUCCCCUCCCCUGGUCCCAUCGCCGACAGCGACCCCGGGUACCACGGCAACAGCACAAGCCCCUCCUCCUUCCCCGAGAGAGCAAACGCCACGGAUUCGUCACGGAAAGAGCUCAGCGAUGAUGUCAUCGCGUGGAACCGCAGCACCGGCACAACCGCUGCCUCCACCAGUCCAGCAGGACCCGCCUCCUCGGCCUCACAGGCCACACCCACACGUCCUCUCACAAAGCACCCUGAUUGGCUGACCUCGGUGACCUCACUGAGCAGCGCCUGGCCGAUCGGCAGCACGUCGGCGCCGGACUCAGGUAGCUGUCAGCUGAUCACGGAGCCUCAGUGUCACAUGUUGCCCUACAACCAAACAUGGCUGUCCUCCUCCGUUGCCGUGGUGAAGAGCUCCGAGGUCGACAUGUUGCUACGGUUCUUCGGCUACCUCAGCAGACUCUCCUGCUACAGACACAUCAUGCUGUUCGGCUGCUCGCUGGCGCUCCCUGAAUGCACCGCCGCCGACGCCACGCACAGCAGGCGGGUCGUGCUGCCCUGCGCGUCGUUCUGCGAGGCGGCGAGGGAAGGAUGUGAGCCCGUCCUCCAGAUGUUCAACGCCUCCUGGCCAGAGUUCCUGCGCUGCUCGCGGUUCAGCACCGCCCCCUUUAGUUCUCCAUCAUCAUCAUCGCCGACGGCAACCGCAGGGCCCGCCCUUCACGCCUGUUAUACGCCAAGACAGAUCAUAGGCAAACCCUCUGUGUGCGGCGGGAAGCACCCCUUCCUGUGUGCGACGGGGGUUUGCGUCCCACAGAAGCUGGUGUGCAACGGAUACAACGACUGUGACGACUGGAGCGACGAAACGCACUGCGUGUGUACGGAUGCAGAGUUUCGGUGUAGUACUGGUCGGUGUCUCUCGCCUGCCGUGGUGUGCGAUGGUUACGACGACUGUGGAGACCUGAGCGAUGAACUCAGCUGUGUGUGUAACCUGGCUCGUGAACAUCGCUGUGGUGACGGUCGCUGUGUGUCCAGAGACUGGCUGUGUGACGGAGACCACGACUGUCUGGACAAGAGCGACGAGCUCAACUGCUCCUGUAAGAGUCAGGGCCUGUUGGAGUGCAGGAACGGUCAGUGCGUCCCUUCUGCGUUCCGCUGUGACGGAGAGGACGACUGCAAAGACGGAAGUGAUGAGGAGCACUGCAGCAGAGAGCAGACUCAGGGCGUGUGCGCUCCCGGUCAGCCCAGCUGUAUCUCCCCUUCUUGUCCGUCAGUGUGCGUGGGGGGCGGGGCCUCCUGCGACCCCCGAACCAACAACAACUGUAGCGAGUCCUCCCUCUGCUGCAAGAACCAGACUCGCUGUGAGCCAAUCAGCUUGGAGCUGUGCAUGAACCUUCCCUACAACCUGACCAGCUACCCAAACUACCUGGGUCACCUGUCCCAGAGGGAGAGCUCCGUGUCCUGGGAGUCCUCCCUGUUCCCGGCGCUGGUUCAGACCGGCUGCUACCAGUACCUCAUGUUCUACGCCUGCACCCUGCUGGUCCCCAAGUGUGACCCGGUCAGCCUGCAGAGGGUCCCGCCCUGCAGGUCGUUGUGUCGCCAUUCGAAGGAGAAGUGUGAGUCGGUGCUCGGCAUUGUGGGAUUGCAGUGGCCUGAGGACUCCGACUGCAGUCAGUUUCCAGAGGAGGGAGGAAACACAACUUGUCUUCUGCCGGAGGACGGAGUCGACGAGUGCUCCCCGAGCCACUUCAAGUGUCGGUCUGGCCGCUGCGUCCUGGCAACCAAGCGCUGCGACGGACACCUGGACUGUGACGACCACAGCGACGAGGACAACUGUGGGUGCUCUGAGCGCGCUCUGUGGGAGUGUCCCGGCAGUAAAGUGUGCAUCAAAGCCUCAAUGAUCUGUGACGGGUUCCCAGACUGCCCCCUGCUGGUGGACGAGAGCAACUGCUCGGUGUGCAGAGACAACGAGGUGUCCUGUAACAACCACCAGUGUGUCCAUCGGACUCUAUGGUGUGACGGGAAGAGACAUUGUUCAGACAGCUCGGACGAAUGGAACUGUGUGUCUCUGUCGGAUGGAUCGGGUUCGGUUUUGACGGUGUUCAGGACGGCAGCAGAGUACCAGGUGUGUGCAGACGAGUGGAACCACGCGCUCAGCGAACUGACCUGCGACCAGCUGGGACUAGGAGUUCCCGCCUCUGUUUCCAUGGUACCGGACCCGCCCAGCGUCCCCGGCCGUCGCCGUUGGUUACACGUUCACCCCGAGUGGAGCCUGAGGAACGGUUCUGCCCUGCAGGCCCGGCUGGAGAAGAGAAGUCACGCGUGUCAUUCCAGGAGGAGAGUGUCACUGCUUUGCUCCAGAGGAGAGUGCGGGCAGCGGCCGUCACUCGGCGUCUUCCCCCACAGGAACAAGAGGAUUCUGGGGGGGCGUGUCUCCCGGAGGGGGGCGUGGCCUUGGCAGUGCUCGCUGCAGAGCGGCCAGAGCGGUCACGUGUGCGGCUGCGUCCUCGUCGCCCGCAGAUGGGCUCUGACUGUCGCCCACUGCUUUGAGGGGAGGGAGCGUGCCGAGCUGUGGAAGGUGGUGCUUGGUCUCAACAACCUGGACCACCCGGGAGGGAACAGUCAGAGCCGCGGGGUGCGCUCCAUUAUCGUGCAUCCGCGGUACAACCGGGCGGUGGUGGACUACGACAUCAGCGUGGUGCAGCUGGAUUCUGAGAUCGAGGAGACUCCGUUCGUCAGGCCGGUGUGUUUACCCGAACCCGACCGGCUUCCUUCUCCUGACUCCUACUGUUACAUCACAGGCUGGGGUCACAUGGGCAACAGGAUGCCCUUCAAGCUGCAGGAAGGGGAGGUUCGGAUCAUCUCGUUGUCCCAGUGUCAGUCUUACUUCGACAUGAAGACCAUCACUCCCAGGAUGCUUUGUGCCGGCUACGAUGCUGGAACCGUGGACUCCUGCAUGGGCGACAGCGGCGGCCCCCUGGUGUGUGAGCAGGACAGCGGGCGCUGGACGUUGUUCGGCUUGACGUCGUGGGGCAGCGUUUGCUUCAGCAAAGUCCUCGGACCCGGCGUCUACAGCAACGUCUCUCACUUCACCGCCUGGAUCCAGCAGCAGAUCUACGUGCACACGUACCUGACGGACUGACACACACACACACACUCUUCUACCUGUGCCUACAUCAGGAAGCAGCCGCUUCAUGAGCACUAGUUACUAGUUAGCUAAUAGAGCUGCAAUUAGACAAGUGGACUAAAUGAUGGUUUUCACUGUGUUUGUUGCUUAGAAACGUGUGCAGAAUAAUUUGAAUCUAGUAAAGAACUUCACACUUAAUGAUAUUUAACCACUGCAGACACUACACAUUAAAAUAUCUUCUCUCUGGCUUGAAUGAAUCAAAAAGUUGCUCAAUUCCUGAUAACUUUAAUUUGUGUACAAAACUAGAUCUGCUACAUCAGCUCAGUGGCGAACACAAUGUGGAGUUUAACCUGCGUCAUAAAGGGAACCUUCACUCCAGAGUUUGGGUAAUUCAGUUAGAAUAAACCAGAAUGAGAAGUGUGAAACUUCCAAACUAUUAUGUAACAUUUACGCUGACGACUACGAGACAAAUGACAAACCAGUUCAUUCCAGCCAUGAAAAGGUUUGAAUAUCCAGAGUUGUGUUUUGAUUCAAUGAUCUGAUCUCCUCGUUAUCGCUUUACUUGUCGCUGUGUAAGAUUUCACUGUUAGAUUAUUGUUGCGUUAAUGCAAGUAACCUUUAAGGUAACUGGUGUAAUGUGUGUGUGUGUGUGUUUGUCGGAUGUAAACACACACUUAAAUUCCACAACAUCAUCGAGCUUCUGCUUUGAGUGUUGAAACGUUUGAUAAUCGCAGAAUUACGACAUUCAGACGUCCUGAGUUGGUAGAAGCUGCUCUGUAGCGCCGGUCCUCACCGUGUUACCUGCACAUUUUUACACCGCACCACGUUACACAGCACCACACUACACCGCACCGCGAUACACCGCACCUCGUUAAACCGCACCACAUUACACCGCACCACGUUACACAGCACCACACUACACCGCACCGCGAUACACCGCACCACGUUACAAAGCACCACAUUACACCGCACCACGUUACAAAGCACCACAUUACACCGCCGCACCACACUACACCGCACCUCGUUAAACCGCACCACAUUACACCGCACCACGUUACACAGCACCACACUACACCGCACCACACUACACCGCACCUCGUUAAACCGCACCACAUUACACCGCACCACGUUACAAAGCACCACAUUACACCGCACCACACUACACCGCACCUCGUUAAACCGCACCACAUUACACCGCACCACGUUACAAAGCACCACAUUACACCGCACCACGUUACAAAGCACCACAUUACACCGCACCACACUACACCGCACCUCGUUAAACCGCACCACAUUACACCGCACCACGUUACAAAGCACCACAUUACACCGCACCACGUUACAAAGCACCAUAUUACACAGCACCACACUACACCGCACCGCGAUACACCGCACCACGAUACACCGCACCACACUACACAGCACCUCGUUACACCGCACCACGUUAUAUGCCGCACAAUGUUACACCACGUUAUAUGCCGCAAUAAGCGUUCGUAUCAUCAUUCAUAAAUGUUAUAUUUAAACGUUGUCAUCUUGACUGGAGUCUGGGGUUGUGAAGUGUAGCUGUAUGUAGCACACAUACACACAUAUCACAAUAGUAACAUUUCCAGAGCCGUUCACAUGAAUAUGUUCCAGGUGUUGGUCGACACUCUUUCAGGCAAAGCGUUUUCCCUUCACGCGACAUUCCAACUUGUUGUUUCUGUUCGUUUUGUGUUUGUUUUUUAAGAGUAUUUUUCUACAGCAUUUUGUACGUCAUGCUAAUUACACAGGAGUGUGCGUGUGUGUGUGUACGUACAUGCUGUCAUGUGACGUACAGAAGGAAUGUUUGUGAUGUCACUUCCUGAUUACGACUCUGUCAUGAUGAUGACGACGAUGAAGAGUCACUGUUUAAUUAUAUGGAUUUAAAGUGUAGCUGCUGCUCAUUGUGUAACCGUGAAGUAUUUGUAUCACCGUGUACGCAAUAAAAUAUACACACAGUAUCUGUCUGUGUGUGUGUGAGACCAUG